AUGAACGUCAUUUCAAUAUCCGCUUUACUUUUUGCUAUCUGCCAACUGGUCCGGAGCGCCUCAAAUUGCCUCGAAUUGAUGAGUGGUAACAGUUUUGGUCUCUUUUGUCCCUCCUAUUCCGGCUCCCUUCCUCCCACUAUUUCAACAGGGAAACGAUACUCAAAGCUCCAGAUCGAAUCGGCAAGUUUCCAUUACGGAGGUGCAGUUCUCUCGAAAGCCAACUUCACUGGCCUUGAGAGUCUCACUUACCUGCGUAUCACGUCUUCCGGCAUCGAGAGGAUCAAUCCCGACGCAUUUUUCAACCUCAGACAUCUUACUCAUCUCGAUCUAUCCAAAAAUCGUCUAACUUUCAUUGAACCUGGCACAUUUAGAGGAUUAAAGCUGAAGAAGCUUAUUCUCUCGGGCAAUAUGGGCUUAAAACUGCCUUCGGCUGCACUUUCUGGUGCAAAAAUAUUCAAUUUUGUCGCCAAAGAUUGCGAUAUUCAUUCCAUUUCCUUUGCCCUCUUUAAACAGACUGGUACGCGGCAUAUUAGUCUGGUAAACAACAGAAUUCGUACGCUUUCAGAGGAAUUCUCCGCCCUCAUCAUGCCUUCAGACGGAAAUUGGGGUUCAGUUGACCUGUCGAACAACAGUCUGGUUUGCGAUUGUGCUCUGCUCUGGCUAGCCCAGCUUCUUGAUAAACAGCGCAGAUACAUGGGUGAUGCGUCUGCUGACCUAAUCAGUGCACACUCUCCCAGGUAUCCGCGUGAAACAACAGAAGAGGAAGCGUUCAUACCAAUGUAUCGGUUAAAUCUUACCUGUUCAGCACCGAAACACCUCGUACAACAACAGUUCCCUCUUCCUAGCGAAUUUGAUUGCCCUGCACCUCAAGUAACUGGAAUAGACAUAGCUAUAAUUGGAAAACUGAUGGAGACGGUUCAGCUGACGUGCCACGCUCGAGGACGCCCAACACCAAAUGUUGCUUGGGCUUUCCAGCAGCACAAUCAGGAGGUGCAUCGAAUUGUGAAGUCGCCUACACAAUUGCCGCCUUGGAGUAGUGACCAGAUGGUGGAUGUGUCAAUUGGGCUCAAUGUGAGCUUACGGGAGUUUCAAGCACGUGAUUUCUCAUGUAUCGUAUGGACUGACUCAGGGCUAAGCAAACCGGCACAGAUUUCAGCCUCACAGGAUAACUGGCUCAAUGAAAGUCCUAGUUCUUCAUCCUCUAUUGUGCCCCGAGGUCCCCUUUCUCCAGACAAAGCUCAUAGAGUCGGUGUUCGUUUGAGUGGUUUACAUAUGGAUAACCAUGAAGGUCUCAAUGAAUUGUUGAAAGGAUCGCCAACAAACGAUUCGACGUUUGACGAAAGCGACGAGUCAUCGAGCAUAGAUUCCACCAAUUUUAGCCCAUAUCAACAAUUAUUUAUUCGAAGAUUCACGCCACUAGAUCUUAUAGGCGCAAUCGUUGGGACCUUUGUGACAACUCUAAUGCUACUCUGCAUAAUCACCAAAUGCGUACCACAUUGUUAUCACCGUAAACCUCAUCCAACCAAACACGCUCUAUUUCAGUAUGAGAGGAAACAGGUUUUGACACCAUUUCUGAAGGAAGAAGGCAAACAUGAAUCGGACGCCAUGGAGCAGAACAAAGACCAGCCUCAUCAGCAACAACAGCAACAACAGUCAGCGUAUUUUGGUGAGGCAGCAACUACGGUUGGUUCGGGAUCGGGCCCAGCAUAUUGGCCAGUGCAGGAUUACGCCUACUCUACUCACGAGUACGAUGUGCCGGGUAUGGCGGAUCCACUGGCCGGAGCAAUGCCCCUCUCCCCUCACCCAAUGAUGGGAAUGCCCAACGCUACAGGCACCUUGGUACGCAGAGGGCGGCCCAUGUCUACCGCAAGCCUGCAUCCGAGUGCUAUUCAGACCCCUUAUCUCUUCCCCAAAGCAGCCACCUCAACCACAGGUCUCAUCCUACCCCCUGUGGCCACUGUUCCGCCCUUGGGAGUAGUCGCCUCUCCCUUCCUCUCUUACGCCACUGUACCUCAACCCCCAUUGCCAAGUCAACAGCCCCCUGUCUACUUCGGUCACAAUCAUCAGCUCUCACUUAGUGCACUGCCCAACGGUCAACUGGUGAUGACACCUACAUUGAGUCGUAACGUAAACGGUACAGCAUCGCAGCAGCCGGAAGAACCCGAGGCUUGCGCAGAGAGCAGUGUGACUAGUUGCAACUCUGAGAAGAGUGCGACGGAGCACCUCAUCGGAGCAUCAGAAGGACUGUCACCAACUCAAUAG